CUUUCUCGAAGCAAAGACACGACAAGUUGAAAUGCGAGAGAAAAAACUGACAAGAAUAGUCUCUGCCACGAUGGAUGUGGGGACGUUGCUUUGUUGUUCACUACUGUUGGCUUUAUUAAUAUACACGGUAACUCCGGAGGCUCGAGGAUUGCUGUGUUAUUGUGAGCGAUGUGUAAAUAGGACAUGCAACACAACUGGCAUGUGCUUUGUAUCGGUCUUGAAGUCUGCCGGACAGAUUGUGACACAGGAGGCACAAUGCAUUGAGCAGGAUGAUCUCCUUCCUCCGGACAGGCCUUUCCAGUGUGCCCCCUCCAACAACGGCAGACAUCCAUACUGUUGCAAGACCCACAUGUGCAACAAGAACCCAAAAGUCAUCCCAGAGCUCCCUGACAAUGAACCCCAGUCUCCGAGUCAUGUGGCCCUGGCCGCAAUGAUCACGAUACCCAUCUGCAUGCUAAGUUUUGUGCUGGUGCUGCUCCUCUACAUGUGCCAUAAAGGCUCCAUCAUUAAUCACCGUGUGCCAGGUGAGGAAGACCCCGCUGUGGAUCACCCCUUCCUCGCUGAUGGCACCACACUGAAGGACCUCAUCUAUGACAUGACCACUUCAGGAUCCGGCUCAGGUUUGCCACUGCUAGUACAGAGGACCAUUGCCAGGACCAUCAUCCUGCUGGAGAGUAUAGGGAAGGGCCGUUUUGGAGAGGUGUGGAGGGGUCGUUGGCGUGGAGAGGAGGUGGCAGUGAAGAUUUUCUCUUCCAGAGAGGAGCGGUCUUGGUUCCGGGAGGCAGAGAUCUACCAGACCGUCAUGCUCCGUCAUGAAAACAUCCUGGGUUUUAUUGCUGCAGAUAACAAAGAUAAUGGCACAUGGACGCAGCUAUGGUUGGUUUCUGAUUACCAUGAGCAUGGCUCACUCUUUGACUACCUGAACAGGUACACAGUCACCGUGGAGGGCAUGAUCAAGCUCUCUCUCUCCACCGCUAGUGGCUUGGCUCAUCUGCAUAUGGAGAUUGUUGGCACUCAGGGUAAGCCUGCCAUUGCCCAUCGUGAUCUGAAAUCCAAAAACAUCCUGGUGAAGAAGAAUGGAACCUGCUGCAUCGCUGACCUUGGCCUGGCUGUGCGCCACGACUCUUCCACAGACACCAUCGAUAUCGCACCCAACCACAGAGUGGGCACUAAAAGGUAUAUGGCACCUGAGGUACUGGAUGACACUAUUAACAUGAAGCAUUUUGAGUCCUUUAAAAGGGCAGACAUCUAUGCCUUGGGUCUGGUAUUUUGGGAGAUUGCUCGCAGGUGUUCAAUUGGAGGCAUCCACGAGGACUAUCAACUUCCCUACUAUGACCUUGUUCCAUCUGACCCGUCAGUAGAGGACAUGAAGCGAGUGGUUUGUGACCAGAAGCUUCGUGCCAACAUCCCUAAUAGGUGGCAGAGCUGUGAGGCCCUGCGUGUGAUGGCUAAGAUCAUGAGGGAAUGCUGGUACGCCAACGGAGCUGCUCGCCUCACUGCGCUACGUGUGAAGAAGUCUUUGUCUCAGCUCAGCCAACAAGAGGGCAUCAAAAUAUAGAUACAACUCGUCAUCUUCACAUUGCCAAUCCACUUCCUCCACUGAUCUUAGGAGGUUAUGAAAGCAAAAAAAUAUUUGUGAGAAUGCUGUGGAGGUUUACUUCAACAGUCGGGAGAUGGACAGCAAUUGAGGGACCAGUGUAUAGGAAUUUAAAACUCCACUCUGUCCACGGAAAGAUGCAUCCUCAUCCAAGAUCACCUCAAACAACCUUUAAGCUACUGCAGGAUUUCACAAACCAGUGCUCAAAGCUAUACAUCAGUCCUCCUGGGAUAUCAGAAUACCAUACUCAAGAGUUUUCUUUUCAGUUGUUUGGUGACUUACCAGACAACUAAACAUAGACAGCCAUUCAGUGUCAUUGAUGUGCUUCGCAAGCUGGGUUUGACCCUGUUUUGAUUUGCUGAUAUAAGGAUGCUCUGUAUGGUCUUUAUUUUUGUAUGUAGCCUGUACAUAUUUGACUAAAGUUUCUUGUGUAUAUUUAUGUGUAGGCUUACCAAGGCACUUUGUGCAUGCACGCGCUCCAUAUUUUCUCACUGUGGAGUUCUUUGACUCUGUGUUCCCAUGAAGUGCAAAUUCUCUGAAUUAAUCAUGUUUACCAUAUUUGGUAACAAGGACCGCCUUUAGUUUUUGAGACACUACGUCUAUUUACCACUUGACUUACAUUGUGUUUGGGUUACUGGCACCACAUGUACUUGUCUGCAUAUGGAAGCAGUAGAACAAAUUUUAAAAAGUUACGGCUGUUUCAGCAUAAAGUUACUGCAUAUUCUUCUGAUUACUCCAACGCCUUACCAGAUUGUUUGGAAAUGGUUUCAUAUUGUGGCUGGCUACUUCAUCCUGCUGCGUACAACUUCAAGCAAAGGCAGUGCAUUCAAUGAUAAUGCAUGUUAGAAGCAGCCCAGAGAGCUGCCUGGAAGGACUGGUCCUUAAAGAAUCUCUCAGAAAAGUGAGCCACAUGUACAAAGGCAAAUUUAAAGGAGUAGUUCACCCAAACAUGAAAAUUCUCUCAUCAUUUAUUCACCCUCAUGCCAUCCCAGAUGGGUUAUGGCUUUCUUUCUUCUGCUGAACACAAACACAUUUUUAGAAGAAGGUCCUUUCAAUGCAAGUGAAUGGGUACCAAAUUUUGAAGUUCCAAAAAGCAUAUAAAGGCAGCAUAAAAGUGAUCCAUAACAUUUACAUUUAUGCAUUUGGCAGACACUUUUAUCCAAAGCGACUUUCAGUGCACUUAUUACAGGGACAAUCCCUCCAGAGCAACCUGGAGUUAAGUGCCUUGCUCGAGGACACAAUGGUGGUGGCUGUGGGGAUCAAACCUGAUUAAGUUAUGUUAGCCCACUACACCACCACCACUCCACAAGACUCCAGUAGUUAAAUCUAUAUCUUCAGAGGCAAUAUGAUCAAGGUGGAUGAGAAACUGAUCCAUAUUUAAAGUUCUUUUUGUACUAUAAAUUCUCCUCCCUGCCCUGUAGGUGGCGAUAUGCAUGAAGAAUUUGAAUUGCCUAAAACAAUAAGAAUGUGUAAGUAAAAGUGGAGAUUUAUAGUCAAAAAUUACUUCAAUAUUGAUCUGUUUCUCACCCACACUUAUCAUAUCUCUUCUGAAGAUAUGGAUUUAACCACUGGAGUCUGAUGGAGUGCUUUUGGAGCUUCAAAGUUUUGGUCACCGUUCACUUGCAUUGUAUGGACCUACAGAACGGAGACAUUUUUUCUUUAACUAAAGUGUGUACAUUGAAAUAUGUAGAACUAUUUAUAAGCUUUUCUUAAAGGAAUAGUCCACACAGCAUGACAUUUCUGUCAUUGGGUGUGUUCCAUUCAGAAGUGAACAUCCUUAGGCCCUAUUGCCUUCAAAGACUUUGUCAUCCACUGUGAGAGCUUUGGAGUGCUAAAAAGUGUGGGGGUUAAAAAUAACGGUCAUUCGGAAUGCACUUUUAAAUUCAUUUUUAUUGGAAAUUCUGUUUGGAACAAUCUUGCUGUAUGGUCAUCAUGAUUGUUCUCCCUUCAAAGUGCCCUCUGAAGCCAUCUUUUAUGCCGUUUGCAAUGCAGGGAUUAUUUACCCACCCUCAUUUAAUUCAAAACCUGUAUGACUUCUGCGGAACACAAGAUAUUUUAAAGGUUUCAAUACAAUAGCAGUUUGUAGUAACUCCCUUUUAUAGAGUUAAUCAGUGAUUUUAUUUGAGCGUAAAUAAUGACUUAAAUUUCUAACCAUUAUAAACUGGUCGUAUUCCUUCAGAAGACUUGGAACAUGACACACAAGUUGCAUUAACUACUUUUAUGACACUUGAUUUUUCAAGCUUAAGUGAGUCACUAUACAGUAUGCUUGUAUUUUAUGAAAGCAAUCAUGCCUCUGUUUAAAAUAUAAAAUCUUAUGUUUAGCUGAAGGUCAAACAAGUUUGGAGUGACAUGAGGGUGAGUAAAUGAUGAAAGAAUUUUCAUUUUUUGUGAACUGUUCCUUUUAAGAUGCUAACUAGGACCUUUUGUAUUAUGCACUGUGCAUAGUCAUUAGACUAUGAGCUGAAUAGGUUGGGGGGGGAUCUUGUUUUGCUGUACAUACUACUAUUAAGGUGCAGUUUUAAUUCCGAUCAGCACAAGAUGCUUUUCGAUUUGUUUUAAUGUGAUGUCACACAUAGUCGAGCAAAACUCAUUUAGCUGCAAAAUGGUUAUGUUGUGUAACUGUCUGUAUGUCUGUGUUUGGUCAAGAUAAGCAAUAAGUGUUUUUGUUGCUUAUUUGUUCAUAUAUGGAGAAUCAGAGUAUAGAGAGUCUAUGGAUAUUAUGUCUCUUAAACAACUUUUUGUUUGAAUUGUGGAGAAUAGAAUGUCGCUGUGAUCUAUUAAAAUGGUUUAGAUGGUCUUUUGAGAAAUUAGUAUUAAUUCAGACAUUUUGUGAACUGAAAAGGCUCUUGUGAAGUUAGAGGAUUGAGUGGUUAUGAAACGUCAUCACUCUAGACUCCCAUUAUAAAUGCAUUGCCAACAAUAACAAGCAAACUUCAGCUUGUUCAACAAGGAAUGAAACCAAUCUGAUGUUGAGAUAUCCACAAACUCACCAGCUCAGAAUCUCUAUAUUAUCCUUCGAUUCUGUUUUCAUAGGUUUUAUUUUCUGUGUCUUCUAAGGUGUCUGAAGAGUCUGUAGUUCCACUUUACAAUAAGGUUUUAUAUGUUAAAAUUAGUUAACGCAAUAGUAAACGUGAAAUGACAAGGAAUAAUACUUUUACAGCAUUUAUUAAUCUUUGUUCAUUUCUACAUAUAUGGAUGCAUUUUUAUCAUUAAAUAUGUAUGUGUUAACAUUAAUUAACAUGCAGUGUAUUAUGCAGGGUUGCCACAGUUGUAGAACUGGAAAUAUCAGGGAAUUUUAAAAUCUGGCCAUGGGAAUUAAUUAAAAAAAAAUAGUUGUGGAAAAGUCUAUAAGAAAUCGCUCUGUCAGUGCAAUCGUUAUACAAUGAUUUCUGAAUAUCCUUAUGCAGUAAUCACUAUGUUUAAAGAAAUUCAUUGGUCAAAAAAUAUGGGAACCAAAAUUAAUAAAUGCUUUUAAAAAAACAUGGUUAAUUGUUAUUUCUAGAUACCUAAUGCAUUAAUGUUAAUAUACAGAGACUUAUUUAAGUGUUACAGAGUUGGUGAACAUAUUUUAUAUAUAAAAUAGGAAACUUUCCUGUGACUACAUAGUCACUUUGAACAUGCAGUAUUUUGAUUGUGAGUUUGGAAGGUGGUAGCACCUCUGCUCCAUGUGAUGAGUGCUGCCACUUUCCUGUAUCCUGAACACUGUCUUUAACAAUGUCAGUGAAUGAAUGCUCUGAUGACUAUGUAAAUGGGAGCUCCAGGCUGAUUAGCACAAAGGAGAGGAAAUUAUGUGGGUUGCAGACAGGAAUACAUAUGCUGUGAUAGGCAAGCUUGAUUUCAAGCUCACUAUGCUUUCCAUUGCAUGAUGCAAUAAUAGUGCCUAUAUUUUAUAAACAUGUGUUCUCUCUGUGAAGUCAUAAGCUAUUAGAAACCCCAAAACACAUAGAAAAGGUCCAGAGUGGGCCUUUUUACAUAUCUCUAUCUAUUUCCUGAUAUUGGAAGGAUGUACUUGGGACUCUUUUCUUCUUUGUCCAUUUGAAGUUUGUAGUUUAUGUACAAAAUUAAUUUGCUUGAUUUUGUUCUAGUAUUUCCUCUGUCUAGUUAUUGUAAAAAAAAGCUGAAAGAAAGCCUUUUUUAUAUUUGGUGCCUACUUUAAAGUCAGUGUAAAUGUUUAUCCAUUGUUGUUCCUGUGAGAUUUAAGUGUCUUACAAAUGAAGACCUCAUUAAAAAAAAAAGGUUUUAGUGCAAAGCACAAAAACAAUUCAUGUCAAAGCAUAAUACCUCUCUUUUCACCAAUGUUUAUUUACCUCCGUGUACAUAAAGGUAUGUUCAUUUCUGUAGAUUUUUUGUUUUAUUGUGCAAAGUGGCAAAAAUGCACAAUUGAGGGUGUAUGAUUUUAUUUUUGUAGAGUUGUAUUUAAGUAUAAAGGAGAGAUCAAGAAUACCAUCCUUGAAGCACUUUUCAGUCCUUAUAAAUUAGAAUGUUAUUUGCUUACGAGUCUCAUUUUCUUUCAACGUGUGUUUUUUUUCGGGUAAUGUGCUUAAGACUGGCAUUUCCACAGGUCAAAAUGAGGAAGAGUCUGCCUCUAGUGCCAGAGAGCACUGCUAACAGUAAUAUUGAAAUGAAUCACUGUUCGUUACUGGGUGAGACUAGGAAUGCUCAGAGUUGUUCUGGAUAUGGUUCUCUUGUCGGUUAACAUUGUAAAUUUGGAUUUCAUGUUA